GCUCGAUGUUGUAAAUUAUUGGAUCUGUGAUUCUGUUUUGGAAUAGAUUUUUUUAAAUCUUCUGGACGGUCAUUUGUACAAACCGGGGAUUUUUUUCCGAGGAUGGGAGACAAAGGAUUUUCAGCGUUAGGCCCGAUCUUCUGCUUCGCUUCCUUUAUUGUAUCGCUGCAGCUCGUUCAUGGAGACCUGAGUUAUUCUGUUCCAGAGGAGAUGAAACGAGGAUCUGUUAUUGGAAAUAUAGCGAAAGAUCUUGGUCUUGAUCUGAGGACUUUAUCUUCCCGAAAGGCCCGUGUUGAUUUUGAGGGAAGUAGUAAGCAGUACUGUGACAUUAAUCUGAAUACCGGAGAUUUGGUCACAUCGGAGAGAAUUGACAGAGAAAGCCUUUGUGGCAAGAAACCAUCGUGUGUAUUAAAAGUAGAUCUGGUGUUAGAAAAUCCUUUACAGCUUCAUCGUGUGAGUCUUCAUGUUCAGGACGUUAAUGACAACUCACCAAAAUUCAAAAAAAAUUUGAUAGAAAUGGAAAUAAGGGAGUCAGCUGAGAAGGGCAACCGCUUCUCUAUCGAGGAGGCCCAUGACGCAGAUAUAGGUCAAAACGCUGUGCAAAGGUACAACCUACAGAAGAACGACAACUUUAUUCUCGCUGUUGACAGUAACAGGGUUGAACUCGUACUGGAGAAUAAACUCGAUUGUGAGAAACAGAAAGAGAUGAAUCUGCUUCUCACAGCUUUGGACGGUGGCUCUCCUCAGAGAUCAGGGACCGUAGUGAUACACGUUACUGUGCUGGAUGCUAAUGAUAACGCCCCAGUGUUCAGCCAGGCCGUUUAUAAAGCCAGUCUGCCUGAAAACUCUCCUCCUGAUACCGUAGUGAUUAAGGUCAGUGCUACUGACGCAGAUGAAGGAGUGAAUGGAGAUGUGACGUAUGACUUUGGCCACGUGUCUGAUGACGAUGUAAAUUUAUUUUCUAUCGAUCCUAGAAGUGGAGAAAUUAGAGUAACUGGUGUGAUUGACUUUGAAGACAGGAGCUCUUUUGAAACGAGAGUUGAAGCUAAAGAUGGUUUAGGGCUGACCUCGUACGCCAAAGUGAUAAUAGAUGUUACUGAUAUAAACGAUAAUGCUCCAGUGAUAUAUCUGAAAUCACUGACUAACCCCAUACCUGAGAACGUGUCACCUGGUACAGAGGUGGGCAUCGUCAACGUGCAGGACAGAGACUCUGAGACAAACGGACAGGUCCGCUGCUCCAUUCAGCAAAAUGUCCCUUUUAAGUUGGUUCCUUCCAUUAAAAACUAUUAUUCUCUGGUGAGCACAGGACAACUGGACCGUGAAGUGGUGUCUGAUUACAACAUUACAAUCACUGCCACUGACGAGGGCUCUCCACCUCUGUCCUCCUCUAAAAGUGUCCAGUUAUCUGUAGCUGACAUCAACGACAACCCACCUGUGUUUGAGGAACAGUCGUACAGCGCAUAUGUGAGUGAGAAUAACAAACCUGGAUCCACUUUAUGUUCCGUUAGUGCUCGAGACCCCGACUGGAGACAAAACGGCACAGUGAUUUAUUCUCUGUUAUCUGGUGAGGUGAACGGUGCCCCGGUGUCCUCCUAUGUGUCAGUGAACGGAGACACGGGGGUGAUCCACGCUGUGAGGUCGUUUGAUUAUGAACAGUUCAGGAGCUUUAAAGUCCAGGUGAUGGCCAGAGACAACGGUACUCCUCCGCUGAGCAGCAACGUGACCGUCAGUGUGUUCAUAUCGGAUGUGAACGACAACUCUCCUCAGAUACUGUACCCCGCCCCGGAGGGCAACUCCUUCAUGACCGAGCUGGUCCCCAAAGCUGCACACGGAGGCUCUCUGGUGUCCAAAGUGAUAGCGGUGGACGCAGACUCCGGCCAGAACGCCUGGCUGUCCUAUCAUAUAGUCAAAUCGACGGAUCCGGGACUUUUCAGUAUUGGUGUCCACAGCGGAGAGAUCAGGACACAGCGGGACAUGUCUGAAUCUGACAGCAUGAAACAGAACCUUAUUGUGGCAGUGAAAGAUAACGGACAGCCCUCUCUGUCUGCCACCUGUUCCAUGUAUUUACUUAUUUCUGAUAACUUGGCUGAGGUGCCAGAGCUGAAGGAUAUUUCUUAUGAUGAGAAGAAUUCCAAACUGACCUCUUACCUGAUCAUCGCUCUGGUGUCAGUGUCCACCUUUUUCCUGACCUUCAUCAUCAUCAUCCUGGGUGUGAGGUUUUGUCGCAGGAGAAAGCCCAGACUGUUGUUUGACGGAGCAGUGGCCAUCCCCAGCGCUUAUCUCCCUCCUAAUUACGCAGACGUUGACGGCACAGGAACUUUACGCAGCACGUACAAUUAUGACGCCUACCUGACAACAGGUUCUAGAACGAGUGACUUUAAGUUUGUGACGUCAUACAAUGACAACACACUGCCAGCUGACCAGACUCUGAGGAAAAGUCCAACAGACUUUGCUGAUGCAUUUGAAGAACUGGACGCGUCUGUAGAGGUAGGAGCAGAUCAAAUGACGUACUGCAGCUUAUCAAUGUUAGUUGUGCUGUGGUCUGUUUAA